CCUCUUCCUCCUCCUCCUGCUGCUGCUGCCUGGGCUCGCUCGGCGGCGCGGCUGGCGGCCGGGGGGGGGCUCAGGGCUGGCUCUGGGACCGGCCCCCGCCACAGGUGAUGUCCCCAAGGGCUGCGCCCCGCCACAGGAACCAUGAGGCGUCCCGCUGCUGCCAGCAACCUUCUGCUGUGCCUGCUGGCCCUGGGGCUGGUCCCUGUGGGCUGGGGCAACCGGCUGCCCUACUUCAUAAACUACUUCUUCGACACCUACCUGCUGAUCAACGAGGACACCCCUGUGGGCUCCUCGGUGACCCAGCUGCUGGCCCGGGACCUGGACAAUGACCCGCUGGUGUUCGGGGUGGUUGGGGAGGAGGCCAGCAGGUUCUUCGCCGUGGAGAGCGUAACCGGUGUCGUCUGGCUCAGGCAGCCCCUGGACAGAGAGACCAAGUCGGAAUUCACGGUUGAGUUUUCCGUCAGCGACAGCCAGGGGGUGAUCAAGGGGACGGUCAACAUCCAGGUGGGAGACGUGAACGACAACGCGCCGCGCUUCCACAACCAGCCCUACAGCGUCCGCAUCCCCGAGAACACCCCGGUGGGCACUCCGAUUUUCAUCGUGAAUGCCACGGAUCCGGACCAGGGGGCGGGGGGCAGCGUGCUGUACUCCUUCCAGCCCCCUUCCAGCUUCUUCGCCAUCGACAGCGGCCGCGGCAUCGUGUCGGUCAUCCGGGAGCUGGACUACGAGGUGACACAGGCGUACCAGCUCCAGGUCAACGCGACGGACCAAGACAAGAACAAGCCGCUAUCCACUCUGGCCAACCUGGCAAUCACCAUCACGGAUGUUCAGGACAUGGACCCCAUCUUCAUCAACCUGCCCUACAGCACGAACAUCUACGAGAACUCGCCUCCGGGCACCACGGUGCGGAUGAUAACAGCAGUCGACCAGGACAAGGGCCGUCCCCGUGGCAUCGGCUACACCAUCGUCUCCGGGAACACCAACAGCAUCUUUGCGCUGGACUACAUCAGCGGGGCGCUGACCCUGAACGGGCCGCUGGACCGAGAGAACCCCUUCUACAGCGCCGGGUUCAUCCUCACGGUGAAGGGCACGGAGCUGAACGACGACCGCACGCCCUCCAACGCCACCGUCACCACCACCUUCAACAUCCUGGUCAUCGACGUCAACGACAACGCGCCCGAGUUCAACAGCUCCGAGUACAGCGUGGCCAUCCCCGAGCUGGCCCAGGUGGGCUUCGCUCUCCCCCUCUUCAUCCAGGUGCAGGACAAGGAUGAGGAAGGGAGGAGACUUUCUGCAGGUCUCCCAGGGGACCUUUGAGUCCCAAAGGGACUUUUCCUGGCAGCUCAGGUAGAUUAAGCAGUAGCAGCGAGGAAUACAAAACAAAACACCUUCCCCCC